AUCAACAUCCUCGUAAACCUUCAAAUCAAUCAAACCUCACACAAAAAUCACUUGUCCUAGAAUAUUGUUUGAGCAAAUAUUAUGGCAACCCUUCUUUCUUCAACCGUGUUUUCUGUGAAGGGCACGUCUCAAAUCCAUGAUUCGAGAAGAUCCAACAUCAGAGCCACCAUUAACAUACCGAAAACUCCGGUUGCUCUCCCGAAGCUCCCAUCUAAAAGUUUUGCGGACAACUUGGAGAACAUUACGAGUCGUGCGGAACAAAUUAUAGAUCGUUCCUACACAAGACGUACAAUUAGUCCAAAUCUUUCUAACGAAAAGGCGAUUAUCGAGAAGAUGUACGCGAUCAUGGAGGCUGUCGCGGACAGAGUUGAGAUGCACAACAACAUCGGAGCUCAGCGCGACAAUUGGAACACUCUCCUCCUGACAUCUGUCAAUUCAAUCACUCUCACCGCCGCCACAAUGACCGGAAUCUCAGCAGCCGCCACCGCGGUGUCUGGAUCAUCCGCGGAAGCGCUCAAGCUCGGCGCUACUAUCCUCUACUUGGCAGCCACCGGACUACUGGCUGUGAUGAACAAAAUCCAACCCUCACAGCUCGCGGAAGAGCAAAGAAAUGCCUCUAGACUCUUCAAGCAGCUUCUCAGAGAAAUCGAAACUAAACUUUCCCUCGGAAACGUGACCUCUUCGGACGUAAACGAAGCGAUGGAGAGAGUUCUAGCCCUGGACAAGGCCUACCCUCUUCCCCUAUUAGGCGCAAUGCUCGAGAAGUUCCCCAAGAAAGUUGAGCCUGCCGUUUGGUGGCCGAGAAAAGUUCACCAAAAACGAGUAGUGAAAAAAACUAUGACUAGCAGUACUAAUGGUUGGAGUGAGAAGUUGGAAGAGGAAAUGAGAGAGAUUUGUGGGGUGAUAGAAAGGAAAGACCUUGAAGACUACUUGAGGCUGAGCAAAAAGGCAUUGAAUUUGAACAAAGUUUUGGCCAUUUCUGGACCAGUUUUAACCGGUUUGGCUGCUCUAGGAACCGCAUUUUCUCAUCAUGGAACGGUGCCUCUUGUCGCCGGAGUCGUCGGCGGGGCUCUGGCCAGCGUCGUGAACAGUUUCGAACAUGGCGGGCAAGUUGGGAUGGUGUUUGAGAUGUAUCGAAGUAAUGCCGGUUUCUUUAGGCUCGUGGAAGAGACAAUAGAGUCGAAUCUGAACGAGAGAGAUUUUGAGAGGAGAGAGAAUGGCGAAGUGUUUGAAACCAAAGUGGCUUUGCAGUUGGGAAGGAGCUUGUCAGAGCUGAGAAAUCUUGCUGAUAACUCUAGGAAUUCAAGAUCAAGAAGAUUCAAUGGUGUGGAUCAUCAUGAUCGUGAGAUCGAAGAAGAGUUCGCAAGCAAGCUUUUCUGA